AUGUCAAAAAACAUCGUUGUCCUACCAGGUGACCAUGCCGGUCAAGAAAUCGCUCAAGAAGCCAUCAAAGUGUUAGAGGCCAUCUCUGAAGUUAGUCCUGAGGCCAAAUUUAACUUUCAACACCAUUUAAUUGGUGGUGCUGCUAUUGAUGCAACUGGAUCUCCUUUACCAGAUGAUGCUCUUGCUGCUGCUAAGAAAGCAGAUGCAGUGCUAUUAGGUGCUGUUGGUGGUCCAAAAUGGGGUACCGGUUCCGUUAGACCUGAACAAGGUCUGCUAAAGAUCCGUAAGGAAUUGCAAUUGUACGCCAAUUUGAGACCAUGCAACUUUGCAUCUGAAUCUCUACUUGAUCUUUCACCAUUGAAGCCACAGCAUGCAAAGGGAACCGAUUUUGUUGUUGUAAGAGAAUUAGUGGGCGGUAUCUACUUCGGUGAACGUAAAGAAGAUGAAGGUGAUGGCGUUGCUUGGGACAGUGAAAAAUACACCAAGCCCGAAGUUCAACGUUUAACCAGAAUGGCAGCAUUCUUGGCCCUACAACACAACCCACCUCUACCUAUCUGGUCUUUGGACAAGGCUAACGUCUUGGCUUCUUCCAGACUUUGGAGAAAGACUGUAGAAGAAACCAUUAAGAAUGAGUUCCCUCAAUUGAAACUCAACCACCAAUUGAUUGACUCUGCUGCCAUGAUUUUAGUCAAGAGCCCAACUCAAUUGAAUGGUAUCGUUUUAACAAGUAACUUGUUCGGUGACAUCAUUUCUGAUGAGGCCUCUGUGAUCCCAGGUUCGCUUGGUCUAUUACCAUCAGCUUCAUUGGCUUCUUUGCCAGACACCAAUGAGGCCUUUGGUCUGUACGAACCCUGUCACGGUUCUGCUCCUGAUCUACCAAAGGGUAAAGUUAACCCUAUUGCUAUGAUUUUAUCUGCCGCUAUGAUGUUGAAACUUUCAUUGAACUUAUCCAAGGAAGGUGAAGCUGUGGAGAAAGCAGUUAAGCAAGUUCUAGAUUCCGGAGUGAGAACUGGUGAUUUAGGUGGUUCUAACAGCACUUCUGAAGUCGGUGACGCCAUCGCCAAGGCAGUCAAGGAAAUCUUGGCAUGA